AUUGGCCGAGCGAUACAUACACGGUAUAGGUACCGGUUCGUUCCUAGGCUAGGCUUACGUACCGGUAUUACACGAGAGCGAGCGCGAGCAUAUAACGCUAUACCGGUAUUAGCUACAACAUGUAGCAAACAGUCAGCUGAUAACCGGGGACAGACAGGGACAGAUCUGCUAACUUAAUAAUUUCGACCUGGUUACUGCUCCUGCUGGUAAAUUCAGAAUUGAUUAAAGGAUAGUCGAUCGAUCAGGUGAUGACUACUCGUAUCACGUGAUCUGAAAAUCAGCUUCGUACCGCUUUGAUCGCACUCGACGGGACCGGACUGACUGCCAAGAAAAGAUCGAAAAAGGACUCAAAUUUGCUUGUUUUGAACGAUGGCUGAACUUUAUGAUGUGAUCAUUGUUGGAGGAGGUCUGGGAGGGCUCAUUGCUGCUCAUCUUCUACAGAAGGAAAGAAGUGAUAUUAAGAUUCAAGUUCUAGAAGCAUCAGAUCGCAUAUGUAGUUCCCUAAAGACUGUUGAGUUGGAAGCUGCUAAUGGAAAGGAUCAUUUUGAUAUUGGUGUGUCAAGAGUUGGAAGUGCCCAGCCUCUGAUGCAGGCCUUAAUCAAGGAGUUUGGGUUGGAGACGUAUCCUCACUAUGACAAAGGUUCCAAGCACUGGCAGCUCCCUGAUGGGAAGAUCAAGAAAUACUCUGGAUCCAUUCCUCCGCUGGGCUACACCUCACUCGUCGACCUCCUGAGAUACUUCAGAAAGAUGGACAAGCUUGCCGAGAAGGUGAACUUCAAGGACAUUACUGCUACAGAGAACUGCUCUGAAUGGGAGGAUACCACCAUGGAACAGUUUAUUCCAAAGUUUCUAUAUCUUCAGGGAGCAAAGGACAUGGCCAGUACAAUGAUAGGGACAUUCUGCGGGAUGUCCCCCAAUCUACUCUCAGUCCUCCAGUACAUGUGCAUGAUCCGUAGCUGUGGCAGCUGGGAGAAGCACAUCGGAGGAGAGGGAACUGGACGAAUGGAUCUUAAAUUCAAGGGUGGUUGCCAGCGGCUUGGUGAGAGGCUGUAUGAGAAGGUUGGCAGUGAUAGGGUCACGAUAGGCGAUGCGGUGACACGUAUUGAGCAGACUGCUGACAAGACCAAGGCCACGGUCAAGACCAAGUCAGGCCGGACAUUGGAGGCAAAGGUGGUCAUCAUGGCCAUCCCAUCUAGAGAUAUAUGCAAGAUGGAGCUCUCCCCGCCCCUCGAAGUACCCCGUAAGCUUCCUUUUGGUGAUUAUGGAGUGCAUUUUAUUGUUACAUACAAGAAGAGUUUCUGGAGAAACCAGAAAAUGGCUGGAGAGUUCUUGAGCAUGGCUGGUACGCUCGGAAGCUUUAAAGAUGAGAAGGAAUUUCCAUUGAUUGCUUUCUUUGAUCACACCUCUGCUAAUGGAAACCCGGCCCUCAUGGGUUUGUUUUCCGCACCGUGCUUUGCCAAGAUGACUAGUGAUGAGAGGAAGACCAUAGCCCUUAACACCUUAGCCAGUGUGUUGGGAGAUGAAGCGAGGGAUAUCAUUGAAUACAGAGAUGAGUCUUGGAAUCGACAGGCUGCUGGAGAAGAACCUGUUAAGAUGAGAGCUGGUGUCAAGUUCUCGGAGGUGAUGGCUUCCUUGGCGAGACCUCACGGCUGUAUUCAUUUUGCUGGCGAGGAGACAGGAACCGUUUGGUUAGGGAUGAUGGAGGCGGCUGCAGAGGCAUCCACCAGAGUUGUGAAGGAAGUUAUGGCAGUUCUUUAACAGCAUUCCAAAACCAUUCAAGGGAUGGAGAUCGUAAUGAUAGUGACAUGCUAAUUACAUGGUACUGACUUGGUAAUUGCAUAACAGUGCCAGGGUAAUCACAUGACAGUUACAACUGGUAAUCACAUGAUGACAUGAUGAUCACGUGAUAGUAAUGUGGUAAUCACAUGAUAAUGACGUAAAUAUCACAUGCCAGUUACAUGGUAAUCAAAUCGUCGGUGGUCAUUCGAACUGUCGAAACUGAUUUAGAGAAAAUAAACUUUCAAAGUUUACAAUAAUUUCCACAAUUUCUCCCCAGCCUUCCAAGAUUUUCAUUGCUAAAUAAACACGUUAGUAAAAAAGACCAAGGCAAUUGCUUGUCCUUGAUAUUUUUUUUUUACACAACCAAUAAUCAGAGAAAAUAGAGAUACAGGCUUGUAAUUCCAGUUUGAGUGGUUUAGAGUUUCUGUGCACGAAAACACCGAAGGAAACACAAUGCUGACCAUAAUUUCAAGAUGUGCGAUCAGCAAACUAUUGCUUCAUGUGCAAUGUCAAUGCAUUCAGAAAUGAUGGUUUCCUAACUGGUAUUUGCAUAUUAAGUGCAUGCAGCUGUUGCUUUUCAUUGCUAGUAGUGCACCUUUCCAAAGGGAUUUUUGCAGUUUAGCAAGAAUACAGGACAGAAUUACAAAUGGACCCCAUGUACCUCACAUGUAAGAGUGCAAUCUAAUUGGAAGAUACGAUUCUAUAUUCUGUACUCCGGCUCUGGUCCAAAGUUAUGUUUUAACUAUGGAGAGCCAAGUGUGACAUUAAUCUUUCAAAUCAUGUAUAACUAACUGUCUAUCAAUAAUACCUCAAAACGAUUCUUCACCUUUAAAGGAUGUGGAAAGAACAUAAUCAACAAAAGAAACAUUGUUAAAGAAGUUGACACUUUUGGCUUUCCAUACUUUGAACAAUUUGAGUAACUUAGAACAUGGCUUGAAACUAGACUUUAAUAUGACCCAUAAUGGUCUCCAGAGAAGUACUUCAUCAAAAUUUUUCAUCCAACAAGUUUUCUGAUCUGACAACUUUCCUUGAUUUUGAUCGGCUGAGAAGCACAGUCCUUAUGGCUAUGGUAACUGUCGGAUAAAACAGGACUUGUCAGAUAAAACGUCCGACAAUUCCCAAUUUAUCCAACAGUAACCGUAAUAUUGCUGCUUCUCAGCCAAUCAAAAUCAAGGAAAGUUGUCAGAUUUGAGAACUUGUCGCAAAAAACAGUUGCAACGCUGUCCGGUUCUUCCCCAGAUCAUCCAGCCUUUGUGUAGUAUGGCAAUUUGACGAUUUCCAUUUAGCGUGCUCAGGGGAAUGAUCCUGCCAAUCUUUUGACAUUUAACCCGUCCCAUUUUGUGGUAAUAUUGAUAAGUAUCAAUAUGUUGUGAUCAAAUUUGAUAAGUAUUGUACUGGGUGGGUGUGUAGUAUACAUGAAAUUGUUCCAAUUUAUACAGUACUCAUUCAUAUGAACAUACAUGUUUGUGAAGAGAGAUGGUUUCAUACGCAAUGUUAUUGACGUUUGAUAAUGUUAUCAAUAUACAUUUAUUUUUGAAGCACAAAAGAACAUCUAAAUGGAUUUUUAAGCAUAAUCAAAGAUUUGUUGAAAAGUACUUUUUUACCUUUCUUUUUAUUAUAGCGAUUCCUUUAUAAUGCGUAUGAAAAAUGAAAAAAAACCAUUGAAAUGUGUGCUUGUGUGCUUUAAAAAAAAAAAAAAAAAAGCUUUUGAAAAAGAGUUAUUCUCAAUCAUGGACAUUGCACACUACAUUCCGAGAGAUUUUUUUAUGACGAUCAUUUUUGUCUUAUGAUAUUUCAUAAUUUCUAUGUCCUGUAAUGUUGAAUUUCAAAACACAUAUAAACAAAAUAUGAUAAAUCAUGAAGACUCUGAUGUUAUAAAAUCCAUAAUCAUGAUUUUCAAAUUUAAAUUAACAAUACAGAGACUAUUUCAUUAUUCAAGUUAAUUGCAAGACCAACCUUGGUCUUCGGUACCUGCGAUAAAAAUAUAAAUUGGUAUUUGAAUACUGAUUUAGUUUUGUGAAUGUUUAUAUCUUAUUAUUUUUUUUUGCAGUUCAGCGAAUAGUGACUUCAAUGUUCUUUUCUCUAAAUUGUGAUUUUGAAAGAUAUGAAUUUGUGUGUGAAUAUGAAUAUAAAUGAUACAUGAUUAAGUUUUUCAUUUAUGGCCCGUAAUAUUUGAUAUUACAUGUUUUCAAUCUGUAACAGAACAUGUAUAAAUGUUGUGUUUUCAGGUUCAACUCUUACCAACUCCUACUGUAUAUGAUGUAAAUUCAUCACACAACUCAUCUCUCUUUUUUCGUUGUGAGACAGAAGUGUGUUUCUAAAUUGUUCAUUAUUUGAGUAUAUUGUACAAUACAUGUACAUAACUUGUCCAUGAUUUCUCUUUGGCGUUGUUUUUGUCUUAUUCAAGAAUUCAACUUUUUAAAUUUCUUACCUAUUGCUUAUAAAUAUUCAUAUACAUACAGCAUGGAUUGUAAAAGAGAAAUAAAUAAUGAGAUAAACCAAAUAUGAAAGUGGUGCCAGAUCAGGCAAGGUGUUCUUGAUAUUCACUAAAUGUGCUUUAUUGUAUGAAGGAACAUCCAACUCAGGAAGUGAUGUGUAUUGUCACAAAGGUUCUUUAGCUACAUUGUGUCCCACAAAAAAGAAAACCAGGGUUCCCAGUUAUACUCAAUAUAGCCAAAUGAUUUACAGUCUUUAUGCAUAGAUGACCAGGAAGAGUUUGAAACCUCAAUUUCAAAACAAAGUUGGGCAGAAAAAUUGUUCAAAAUUUGUUAAGGAUGUGAAUUGAAUUGAAUUUAUUAGAACGUCACUGGCAUUCGCCAAUAUUUUGUUCAAAACAAGAAGUACAAAAUAAUACAAAACUAAUGUACAAUUCAAGGAAUAUAAGGAUGUGACAACCUUGGGUAAAAAAGGGAUGGCUCAUUUGCAUAUCGUUUGUAUUCUUUAUUACGUUUCUUUCACAAAUCUCUAAAAUGCAAUUAGAUGCAGAUUCACGUGUGAGUUUCCUUGUAAAUUGUAUCUGACAGUUCUCAGUAUUCAUUGAUUUGACUCUUCAAUGCAUGAAAAUUUUUUUUAAAGUAUUUGGUCUUGAAUGAAAGAAGAGUUAUUAUUCUUUACUGUCUAUUAAUGUUAAAUCUAGGAUCAAAAUAUUUUUCAUAAUUAUGAUAUCUAGCUCUAAGAUAAGUUUUUUUUUUUGUGAGAUGCACUGUAUAGUGUUUUUUAAUAUAAAUUCAUUACUGAUUCCUAACAGUAUCAAAUAAAAGAGGAAUAUUUUAACUAGUUUGUUUUUUGCUUGUAAUAUGGACAAUUUAUUCUGAUGUAUCCUGUCAUAGAUCUAGAGGUAAAAGUUCUUUAUGUUUGUUUGUUUUUUCAAUCGAUGAUCUUAUCCUCAGCCAAGGUCAAAUCCACAGAUUGCAAAGGCAAUAUCAGGUAUCAACUGUAAAGUUUAUGUUAUCACAAAAUCAUUCGAAAGUUUUCACAUUCUCUGAAGGUUUUGAAAAUGUUAUAAAAUUUGUGUCACCUUCCAUGAAGUUGAAUGAAAGUCUUUCAAAAGUAUGAAAACAGAUCAUGUGUAUAAUUAUUGCCUGUUGCUACAUGUAUGCAAUCAGGAAAAGAUAAUUUUGUUGAUUCUUGAGACAAGACUAAAGAUGCAGCAGUUUGUAAUACAUGAAUGCUAUAGGCUGUUGAAUUAAUGAAGUAAUUACAAAAUGGCUUAUUGCCAUAGAAUAGUUUUCAUGAUUGGACUAUUUCAUGAUGAAAUAUACAUGUAUUCUGAUUCAAUAGUCAAUAUCAUGUUUUUUUUUCUUAAAUUCAGUUUCACUUUUGUGAGACAUAUUGAUAAUACAGUAUUGCAGAGCAUUUAUUUGUUACUGAAUCACAACUCUCUACUUUGAAUGUUGAGCCAUUUGAAAAGUUCUAUUUGAUCAUUGAAUGAUUAAACAAAUGAAGUACUAUGUUAUGAUAGAGGAAUUUUACAUUGUCAAAACAGGACUCCAUGGUAUUCUGUAAAGAUACAUGUCAACUCAUUUGAUUAUUGUAUACCUCUGAUGUGUGACAGAUUUUCUUCAUGCAAAUUUUUAUUUUUCUACCAAAUUGUAAAAAUAAAUCAAUUAAUAUCAUCAAAUGAAAUAAUUA